UCGGCUCGGCUCGGCUGUCCGGGCUGAGUUCAGUAGUUCGUGGAAUAUUUAGUUAACCAGAGGAUGUCGUCUGCAAGUGGCAAUGAGCUUGUGUUUGGACAGUUUUUCUGAAUAACUUCCUGAAGAAAAGCAGCGACCUGCUCCGCGAGGGCGGAAGAGAAUGCACCGGGGCCGCUGUUAAUUUAAAGUCACGUCGGGACAAAAAGGAAGACAACGAGUCGGGCAGUAGAUCCGGUGGCUGUUAUCAUUCACCACCGUCCGACGUGAGGUUUCCCACUAAACACUAAACACUUACUAAACACGGUUGUGUUUCAGUAAAAGCUGUAUCCCGACUGACGUAAAGGCGUCAUACUGGAAGAAAGAAGCCGAACGCGUCCUUUGAUAUCUCCCGGUUUCCAUGUGAUGGUGUGAGGAUGGGACAGGGUGGUGCUGUUAGUGACUGCAGCCCUGGAGGCUGAUGAACCUGCUCCAUCGGCCAGUCAGGAUGCACAUAGCUUCAGUGGGUGUCAGCAAGUUCUGCUUCCUGUUUUCCCUCGCAUUCUGCGGCCUCCUGCUUCUGCUCCUCCCGGCCCUCCAGCCUCCAGCUCGCCAGGUGGACCUGCCUCAGCCCCGACCCCAAAUCAGACCUACACCGUCGCACCACACCAGGGUUCCAGCAGUGUCUGUCCACGCUGGGGAAACUGAUUUGUCCACAGGGCUGAAUGGGAGCUCAGUGGGCCAGGGGGGAUCCACAGAGACUGAAGCUACCAGGAAUGAUAAGACGGAGGUGGGCUCCAAAAGAAACCAAGAAAGAGGGGCUCCCCCUGGAGGAAAGAUUGGUGGUGGACUUUCAGGGUCUAAGUCCCAUGACCCUUUAGAGUUGAAGGACAUUUUUAUUGCUGUGAAGACUACCAGGAAGUACCACAAGUCCAGACUGGAGCUCCUGAUUCAGACCUGGGUUUCCCAAGCAAAAGAACAGACCUACAUGUUCACUGACGGUGAGGACAAAGAGCUGCGAAUGAGAACAGGAGCCAACAUCAUCAACACUAACUGCUCAGCAGCUCACACUCGUCAGGCUCUGUGCUGCAAGAUGUCGGUGGAGUACGACAAAUUCAUCGAGUCGCAGAAAAAGUGGUUCUGUCAUGUGGACGAUGAUAACUACGUGAUUCUGCCCAGCCUGCUGCAGAUGCUCUCCUCCUACCACCACAGCCAGGAUGUGUACCUGGGCCGGCCCAGUCUGGAUCACCCUAUAGAGGCUGCGGAGAGAGUCAAGAGUGACGGAUCAGUGUCUGUAAAGUUCUGGUUUGCCACAGGUGGAGCAGGUUUCUGUAUCAGCAGAGGUCUGGCUCUGAAAAUGAGCCCAUGGGCCAGUUUGGGGAAUUUCAUCAGCACGGCAGAGAAGAUCCGACUCCCGGACGACUGCACCAUCGGCUACAUCAUCGAGGCGCUGCUGGAGGUCACCCUAACACACACACACCUCUUCCAUUCUCACCUGGAGAACCUGCAGAAGCUGCCCACUGACUCCGUGCUGGAGCAGGUGACUCUCAGCUACGGAGGCUUUGAGAACAGAAGGAAUGUGGUCAGCAUUGUUGGAGGCUUUUCACUGGCUGAAGACCCGACAAGGUUUAAGACAGUCCACUGCCUCCUGUAUCCAGAUACUGACUGGUGUCCAAGGCGCAAACCUCGCCACAAAAACUGAAAGCCCCUGUGUUUUUUCUCCUGCAGCACUGACACCUGCUGAGCCUUUAUCCCACUGCCUCACUCUGCCAUGGCUAGGUCAAGCUACGUGAAGUUGUCUGCCUGUAUCCAAAGCAGCCUCACCUCACGCUUCAUGCUUUCUUACACCUCUCAGAUAGAACUGAUCUUACUCAUUAAGUGAACCCCUAAUGGGUGGAGCCAAAGAACACAGCAUGAAAGUGGGUGAAGCUCAAUCGACUGGAGCUACAUUUUUCCCAGUAUAAAUGAGCUUUUGAGAGUGUAGGCAUUUCUCCAUUAAUUCUUGAGUAGUUGAGAUUUUUUCUAAAUGCUACACUUUCUAUGAGCAGUCAUUGCUAUAGAGAAGACUCUGAGCUGUGAAUUAAUGCUAUGUUAUGUCAUUCAGAUCAUUUUCCCAGUGGGAAACAGCAGUCACAUCAGCCUACCAGUUGAAUUACUUAACUGUGUUUACACAGUGUUACUCUGAGACGGGCGACAGGUGUUUAAUAAUGUGAGAUUUUGCCGUUCAUGUUGACAAGGUGUAAAUGAAGCAUUAGAGAAUAUUCAGAACACUUUGCUCUUGCAGUCAGGAACCAACUCUAAAAAAAAAAACUAGUUUCUUCGUUGAUCCCAAACCUAGAAGGAAACCGAUUGAAGCUGCUGACUUGAAUCCACAUGUUCUACAGUGCUCAACCUUCAGGUCCACUACACUAUUAGUUGUGUAGCGGCAGAAUCUGGAGCUCACUGUGACUGGAGGUUUGGUAUCUCAGAGCUCUUUGGGACUGACGGUUCACCUCUCUCCUGAAGUUAUGUAAGUUAUACAGGUUUUUACCACUGAUUCCACCAUUACAAUUUAAUGCCCAGCCGAGUGCAAGCAUUCGGAUAGCCAGUCACCUUUUACAGUUUACAGAAAAAAUGAAUAGGAUUAUUAUUUCACUUCAUAUACAGUACCUCAGCACAUUUUGCUACUUGAUUGGUAAGUGAAACCACAGUGGAUGGACCCAAGAACCCCAAGUGAUGAAUGUAGUAUUAGGGAAGUAGGGAAGACUGAAGUGAAUUAGUUAUUGGUCACUGUAAUCAUCUGUUCUCUCCAUAUUGGCCGUGAUGCAAUACUUUUAGUUAGUUAAAGUCUUCAGCAGGCUGACGUGGACAAAUCAAGAGGGUAUUUUUAAUCUGGCAGUUGUAGGUUUACUGCAGGAGUUUGCUCAUGGAAACAAACCUACACGGGACUACUGUGGUUCGACUUUACCAGCAGAGUAUCAAACUGUGCAGGUUAUUGAGCAAGGCCAUAGAAGUAGCAACCCUGUCCUGUGGUUCUGGACGAUGAUGAAGGAACCAUCUUAUGCUCUGAAGUACGACACUUACAUUAUCUUAACCAAUGAGAAAAAAUUGUUCAAACGACUAAACUCGAUGCUCCUUCAAAUAAAUGGAGAACCACUUCAGGCAAAGGCUACAGUAUGUGAAGGACCCACAGUAUUAUCAUAACCCUGAGUGGCCUCCUCGCCGGCAAACCACUGACUUGUUCUGUUACUGUUGACCUGAGAGCCCGAAGUCAACGUAAAAUCACGGUAGUUUCUUUGUGAUGAGGUACUUUUAAAGAGCUGAUCAAGAUGUAUUGAAGUUUUAACAUGAACUGAACUGACGCUCCAUAUGAUCAGAUGAGAAAUGAAAUGAUGUUUGACAGAGUUUUUAUGCUGUGUGGGUGCAUUUAUUUCAGUCUGUUGUAAUUGUUCAGACGCCAUCUCGUCCUCAGCCAAUCACGUUCUUGUAUUAGCCUUUUUCUCACAGGCCCAUGUUGACAGUUUUGCACUUCUCUGAUCGUGUCAUUUCCUUUUAUGUUACCGACUGUAAUUACACGUUACAGUGUUGGUGUAAAUAUGAGUUUAUGUCUUUUUUUUUGUUGGUUUGUUUGCUCUUGCAUAUCCUGCUUUUUCAUAGGUUGUAGUUGUAGCUCUAAAUAUUCUUCUUAAAGGCAGAGCAGGUCGUUGGUUGGUGUUACGAAGCAGUCAGACCAAAAAUAAAAUGUCCGCACACUCAACGCAACCAAGCAGCUUCCCGCCCUCUAUGCUGCUUGUGUUCUUUCACCUUGAAGUUUGAAGAACAAGAAUAUAAACAAAUCAUUUUACCUGAAUGAGAGUGAAUCAAUUUUGGUCUGACCGCACCUUUUGACUUAAGUGGGUGGAGCCAAAAAACGUGUCAAUGGCAUUGCCCAUGAAAUUUGAUAUGCAGGGUCCUUAGAGGAUGGUUUCCAAUCAUUUUAGUGAUCCCCGACCUUUUGUUCAGCAUGAGUUCGAAAUCUCCCUGUGGUUCAUGAUAAUAUCGUAAAAGUGGCUGGAUGUCCCUGCCUGUGACACUAAAACUAUAAUUGAAUGCUCAGAUAUUUCUCCUCUCUAGAAGACGCCCCUCAGGUUUAAUCGUAAUAAGAGAUACACCAGCUAAUUCGCUGACCCCCCCCCCCCUCCACACCUCUGUUCCUUCUUAUGUUCCCUGGCUCCACCCACUCAGGUUACACAAGCCCUGUCAGUAUUUCUGCCUGUCAAAAGUAUUUGCACACAAGACUAAAAUCCAAACUCCAGAGCUUGUGUCUCACUGCAGGUCAGUGGGCGAGACUGAGGGAGAGAAGUGCUUUUGUAAACUGUUUACCACUGAUGUAUUAUGUUGUUUCAGGAAUAAAACUUUCUGCAUUCUGAAA